AUGCAAAUGGAAGAUUAUAUGUUUAGUAGAAAGCUACACUUACCACUUCUGGGUACGAAAUUAAAAAAUAUGUCUGAUGCAGAUUGGAAGCUUCUUGACAGAUAGGUGUUAGAAGUUAUGCAUCUAACACUGUCAAAGAAUAUAGCUUACAAUGUAGCCAAGGAGACAUUGACUACGGAUUUGAUGAAGGUGCAUUUUAAUAUGUAUAAAAAACCUAUAAUGAACAAUAAGGUUUCUCAUGAAGAAAUCCUUCCAUUUGAAAAUGGUUAA